CUGCUCAAGUUCCUAGCGGAACAAGAUGUUUACAAGCAAUAUUUUAUCCUGCAAGUGGUCCUGGCUAUACUAUUACAAAAUUCCUUUAUGUUGAUUUACUUGAUAGACAGGGAUAUUUUUAUUUUGGUGACAAUGGUCUUUGGAAAAUUGAUCAAA